ACUACACACAUCUUCGACACAAUGUGAAGAUCUUUGGUCUGUGUCUAGUCUUCACGAGAGAAGUGUAUCUUGCAGACGAUAGGGUCUGGGAUUAUGGUGUGUGCUGUGUGGAAUGCUGAGUUGACGAAAUGUAUUGUGAUAUAGUAGUACUUAUUUUUUUAAUAAAUGUGAUUGGGAGGUCGUUUUCACACAUAAGUGCCGAUUCGAAUUCGUUAUCAGAACUGUAUGAUAUAGAAGGGAAAAUAUAUCCCCCUGAGGCACAAGUGUUGAGUAACUGGCAAGUUGUAACUAAAGUGCUUGUUAAUGGUGGUGAGUUUAUAGGCUUUUUGAAAGAGGACGGUACUUUCACCAUACAUAAUGUGCCUUCAGGAUCAUAUGUACUAGAAGUAGUCAAUCCGGAUUAUGCCUAUGAACCUGUGAGAGUGGAAAUAAAUUCUAAAGGCAAAUAUAGAGCAAGAAAAGUAAAUUAUAUACAGACAUCUCAAGUGAUACCAGUGACAUACCCUUUAAAACUGAAGGCUCUGUCUCGCUUAAGGUAUUUCCAGGCAAGAGAGCAAUGGAGAAUCACAGAUUUCCUGUUCAGUCCUAUGGUACUUAUGAUGGUACUACCGUUGUUACUUAUCAUGGUACUCCCAAAAAUGAUGAAUGAUCCAGAAACAAGAAAGGAGAUGGAGCAGAUCAAUAAUUUAACUAAGUAUGAUAUGCCAGAAAUGUCAGAAGUACUGACUUCAUUUUUUGCUGGUGGAGAAAAACAGAAAUCCAGAGCAGUCAAACCAAGCAAAAAGAGACAGUAACAGAAGAAGAUGAUGUAUAAAAAUGGAAUGUGAAAUUUUCAUUUUCAUAAAGAAUUUAAGACUCUAUCAUGCUUUACAUGUUUUUAUUUGAUAUUUAUAUCUUGGAGUACAGCAUCACAGUGAACUGAUUUAAUCACAGUUGGAAAUCUAUUAGUGAUUAGUAUUUGGCAAACUACUGAAAAUUUUUCACAAUUGUUUAUAGAUCAUGGCUCGAACAUCAGUUUGUUAAAGAUUUAGUUUUUAUUUUACAAAAUGUGCUCUAAAGGGUUAAUGCAUGAAAGGUGAUCUGAAAACGAAUAUCUCAGAAUUGCUUUGUGUGUGUGUGUGUGUGUGUGUGUGUGUGUGUGUGUGUGUGUGUGUGUGGUCAUAUGCUUGUGUUUGUGCUUUUGAGAGACAUGACAGAUGUUACAUAUGGGAACAAGAUCCGUUUGGAAUUUAUUUUUCAGCCCAAAGGAUGCUCUGUAAGAAUCAUGAAUGGUUGUUGCUUUAAGACUAAAAAAAAGAAAAACCUAAUAUACUGGUGUGGGAAAGUAAUCCUCUUGUUUCCUUCUUGCUGGCAGUAUUUUGAUACAUUCAUGCAUUGGAAUCGGGUAAUAACUUUUUGCACAAGGUUGUUAUUGACUUUGUGUGAAUUAUUACUGUUAGAAAGUUUUUCUCUGAUAUAUCACUUAUUGUGGUAAAACUGAAGACAACUUCUCUUAGUUAUGCUCUAACCUCUUAGUUAUGCUCUGAAACUUUUUGUUUUAUCUAUUGUCUGCUUAUCUAUGCUACCACAGUAGCAUUGUUUUAGUUUAUAUAAAAAAUUCAUUAUUAUGUUCUGUAUUUCCACAUGCAGUGGAAUGGAUCACAGUAGUUGUAGUAAUAGUUGAUGUUAUUUUCUUCAGUCUGAAGACUGUUUUGAUGCAGCUUUUCUAUUCUAUGUAAGCCUAUUCAUCUCUGUAAUAACUAUUCCAACUUACAUCCAUUUGAACUCUGCCCAAUUCUUGUUUUCCCUCUAAAAUUUGUACCAUCACACUUCCCUUUAUUAUCAGACUGACUGUUCCUUAAUGCCUCAGAAUGAGUUCUACCAACCGUUCCCUUCUUUUAGUCCAGUUGGGCCGUACAUUUCUUUAUUCUCCAAUUUGGCUCAGUACCUUUUCAUUAGUUACCUUCUCCUCCCAUCUAAUCAUCAGGAUUCUUCUGCAGCACCAUAUUUCAUAAGCUUCUAUUUUCUUCCUGUUUGUAUUGUUUGUCUGUGUUUCGCUUCCAUACAAGGCUAUAAUUCAGAUAGAUCCCUUCAGAAAAGACAACAUAACAUUUAAAUUUGUAUUUGACGUUAAACAGCCUUUCUUUUUGAGAAACACUUUUCUUGCUAUUGCCAGCCUGCAUUUUAUAUUAUCUUUACUUUGGCCAUUGGCAGUAAUUUUUCUGUCCAAAUAUCAAAACUCAUGUACCACAUCCCAUGUGUCUGUUCCUAAUCUAAUUCUCCUCUAGAUUGUCUGAUUUAAUUAGACUUCACGGGUCACUAUACUUAGAUUAAAGUAACAUUGCUAUAGAUGUCAAGUAUUGGGGCCAGCUGCCACCCAAUUAUAGAACACAGUGUAUUUGCUGUGUUGCCUGUUUUGUAGGUACUUGCAGAGUCUUGUCAAGUGUGCAUGCUUGCAGGCUAGCAGAACUCCCCCCCCCCCCCCCCCUCCCCCAAAUCACACACACACACACACACACACACACACACACACACACACACCUCACCCACAACCACAGCAAUCUCUCAAUUGCAAACUUAUUUUAUUCGUGCUGUAAGUGACUUUCCUGUAAUGUCUCACCUUGCAGUUAAUGAAUUAACAUUAUCUUUGGUCUCACUCUGGCUGUGCUUGCAUCUCUCAUUUGUAAUACAGCUUCCCUGCUUUCUGCAAACUAUCUUAGUGUUUUUUAUAUGUUUUUUAUGCAUACGUCAUUUCAUUUUCUGAUGAGAUUUUUCUUGAUACAAUAAGACAAUUACAUUCGUAAUGGAAAACAUUAGACUGUAAAAGAAACAAUAUGUUGAGUAAGAAGUCUGAGAAAAGACAUUGCCAUUGUUAGGAGUAUUUGUUAUUAAUACUUGAGUCUACUAAAAGUAAUUUUAUUGUCUGUUAGUCAGCUGAUGUUUAUUUGUAAAUAUUAAGUGAAAAUUUAUAGCUGGAAUACAUGAAUGUGUGUCCUAGUCAUUCUAUACUUAUGGAAAAUGUUGCGAGUGAUUUAAUUUUCAGCAGAUAUGCCUAAAAAAAUUUCGUGUUCGUGUGAGUGCUGUGGACAAAUUUUUCUAUGCAGAAGUCUUAAGUUUUAGCAAAGUCACGCUUCUGCAAGGAAAACCCAAACAUUUAGCUAUUCCUGUUACUACAGUUGACCAUUCUUGAGAAACAGAUGUGAAUGCAGUACAUCAUAUGCAGCUGGUACUGCAUAGUACGCAAACGUGUGCCUUAUUUCAUCUCCUUGUUUAUGAUCUAUAUAUUGUACAUUUUAAUAAUGAAAUCCAAAAUAAUUCUUUACAAAUAUGAUUACUGAGGGGGGGAAGCCAGAGGACCAUUUCGUUUUGGGUACAACUAAUUGAAACAUCAAAAUUUCAUUAUCUUACAAUCAUUGUAUUUUGAUAGUAGUAGAAUCUAUUGUACUCCUAAUAUAAAAACAAUUUUGUUAUAUGCAUAUCAUAUUCUCUUUAGUGCAGUGAUAGUGUGUGAAUUUUGAUUGUAAAUUGUGGCCUGUGAAAUAAAAGGGCAGUAUGUAGGAAUUAUGUAUUGCUACACUGGGUAAAUAGUUUUGAGAAUUGCAUUUUCUUGAGAAUUGUGAGGCAUGAAGAGGAAACUUUCAGACGAUCUUUGUUUCAAUACCAUACUUCCUAAUUUUGUGUUUGUAUUAAAAUGCUUCUUCUUGGAUACUGUCUGUAAAAACAAAUUCUCAAAAACAAUGAGUGCGGGUCAAUACACUGUUACCUUAGACCAUAUUCCCCAUUAAUUGAGAGCCAUAAUUUUUUCAAAGCAAUCCCUUUUAAUUUGACUCUGACCCAACCUAACCCUCUAUUCUCUUUGUGCCACCACCCCUUAAAAAAAUGUAAAUGUGUACAUGCACGUGCGUUUGCCACUGCAUGCGCGUACACACACACACACACACACACACACACACACACACACACACACACACACACACACAAGGUUAAACUUCAGGACAAAGACCUUCACUCGGUCACUCCUUUUGUUUAUAGUAACAGUUACCGCACAAAUUGUCACCAGCAGUGCCACUGUUGCAGAAUUUUUUUAAGUAUCCACAAAUUUGUGCUUGUAAGUUUGCGGAAUAAAAGUUAUAUGAA